AGUAUUAAAUAUAAAUUUUAAAUCCCAGACAUUUGAGUAGACAGAUCUUUCUUACAUGUGUGCAUAAUCUCAAAAUUAUUUUUUGUGAAUGACAAAUUAUACAUAAAAUAUGUAAAAGUACGAGGAAUAUUUUUUCAAAACGAAUUGCGCAAACGCAUACUAAAUUCAGAUGUUAGCACUGGUACAUUAUUUUUGCACAUUCCAUUUCCAAUUAAAAAUUGUGUACGUUUGAAUCUGACUUGUGUACUCUCGAUGUUGUGAUAAAAUAUAUAAUCGGCUUCGCGAAACUUAGUGAUUUCUUUUUGUGUCAGUUGUUUGGGAUUAAUGAGAAUGAAUGAGAUGAUUUUCCAAACGAUAUUUCUUGUAAUAUUGUCAAAAAGUCAUUUGAUAAAUGGAAUGUCAAAUUGUUGUCAGGAGCCUAAUAUACUCCUAAAAUAUGGACACUGUAAGGACGGUUCUAUGGCAAAGGAAUUGAAUUGCAAAAAUAAAUUCUACUCCGAUUUAAAUGAUUCAUCAAUUACUUACACCGAAAAUAACGGCGAUAUUAAAUUCGACGAUUUUGUAUUGUCUCCAGACCAAUACUGCAAAACAUUUUUCGCGCCAAAAAAUACAGAAGUUUUUCUAAUAUGUGCAGAUGAAUCAGAAUCUGAUGAAUGGAGUCGUAUAACCAGAACUGUUUUCACAGUUUUACAACUUAUCUCUGUAUUUUUUAUUAUUCUAACGAUAAUUGUUUAUUUAGUGGCUCCGUUUGUACUAUAUCUCCAGGACUUAGUUCUAUUACAUACCUUGUCAGGAAUGGCAAUAGCUUAUCUUACGUUAUCUAUAAUAAAUUUGAGUGGAUAUAUACGUGAAGGACUUUGCGAGUUUUUAGCUUAUUUAUUAUAUUUUUCCUUCAUGUAUUGUUUCUUCUGGUUGAACGUAUUGUGUUUCCACAUAUGGAGAGAAGUAAUACAACCGAAAUGUUUGGUUGGUAUUAAAAACUGGAAAUUAUUGUAUCACAUUUAUAGUAUUGGAUCUCCAAUUCUUGCUAUUUGUUGGUUGCUAUUCGUACACUUUGGCCGUCUCAGAGCCUUAGAAGGCAUUCACCCAGGAAUUGGUAUAAGUAGGUGCUGGUUCCAGUCAACCAAACAAACCAAUAUAUAUUUCAUUGGACCUAUCAGUGUUUUAUUAAUGAUGAACAUCAUUUUUUUUAUUUGGACAAUGAUAGAAUUAUGGAAUCGUUCCAAACGUUGUACCGAAACUAAAAUUCAUAAGUACAGGUUAAGAUUGUAUGUGAAAUUGUUCUUUAUUAUGGGCAUUACAUGGAUUUUCGAAAUUUUCUCAACAAUUUUUGAAGACAAAUCUCCCAACUGGUUAUGGUUAGUAACAGACAUUGUCAAUGCUUUACAAGGUGUAAUAAUUUUCUUGCUUCUGGUGAUAUUCAGAAAAACUAUAAAAAGAACUUUGGCUAAUAGAAAAUUCAUCGUUUGGAGAUUCCCGCCACAAUGGAAAAAUGAAAGAGACAGUGAAUGUGAGGAGUUGGAUGAAGAUAUUAGUCUUGAAACCAAAACUAGAGUAAAUAUUGAUUUUUAAAACGUACUAUUAAGAAAAAUACUAUACGAAGAGAUAAAGCUUUGCAAAGAAAUCCAAUGAAACUCCAACUACAAUGAAAUAAUGUUUACGCAACGAAAAACUUACAGAAAACUCUUUUGAAAAUAUGAGUUCGAUAUAAAUAUAUUUAAAAAAAUGGUAGAAUGAUUAUUAAAUUGUGGAUAAAUAGAAGCAUUUACAAGUUGAACUUGAAUUAUUGUAUAAAUUUUCCUAUGGAAAUAAAAAUUUAAUUAAUAUUAAAUGAAAUAUCAUACAAUCACCGCAAUGACGUAUCAACCUCAAUUUCGAGUACAAUUUUAUUUCUUAUGUAGUCUGUUACUAACACUUAGACCAGUUUUCGCAUAUUUUUGAUAAUACAAACUUAAGCUAACUCAACAUAUGGUAAUAAUUGUACUUACAUCUCAUUUAAAAGCAAAAUUCAAGCAGCAGUACUUAAGCAGAGUCAGAGGAGUAACCAGAAAGGAUCGAUUAAGAAACGAAACUAUAAGAGAAGACCUUAAUAAGAACCAGUAAUGGAAACAAUUGAAAAGAAGAAGCUUCAAGAGUUUGAACACCUUGAAUGGAGAACAAUAGACCGGCAAAAAGGAUUUAAGGAUGGGAAAACAAAAUUGCCGAAAUUUUCAAAUAACAUGGAAAAAGCUAUAGAUAGAAACGUUGGAAUUUUGUUUACGAAUAAAAAGACAUACACCAUGGCGGGUACAUACGAAUUCAUGAUUAUAAUUCAAGAUUUUUACGCUUUUUCAUAUUUCAUAUUGUUAAGAAAAUCAGUAGAAACACGAGUGGUGUUUUUAAAAUUUCAUUCUUCGAAUCAGUCACCUCUGUGCCUUACUUUUCACAGUUCAUCCUAUUUUUUAACCUGAUACCUGACAUAUGAUAUGAAUAAACGUAGAGAAAACCCAGAACAUCCAGAUAUAUAUACAGACUGUAGUUGGGGUGAACUGCAUCCUAACUUAUCAUUUGAAGGGUAGUUUCAAAUUGCUUCAAACUAUUCGAUGUAAUUUAUUGUACAUUACACAUUUCUAAUUUUAUAACAGCGUAUUUUUCUAUGAGAUUUGAAGGAGCGGUAUCAUAAUGAAGCAAGAAAUUGCUAUCUAGACAUAUUAUGACACAAUAUUAACAUAUAAAGUGGAUACUAUUAUGGAGCUACAAAACGAAAUUGUUUUAAAAAAAAAACUCAAUCAACCUACAUUACGGGCAACUUGUGAGAGAGAAGAAAGUCUCCAAACAAUCCUCUGCAUGUUACAGAUCACGAGUAAAAUCAUUAUCAGUAAAUUUUUAACAUUAUUUGUACAUAGCGAUUCAAUUAAAUUAAAUACUGUUUCGAAAUUUGAGAAGAUAUAUUAAAUUACGUUCAGUCAUGAAAUAAUAAAAGUCUUUUAAUUUACUUUUUUAAUAUUGUAAUAAAAAUUAUUAAGUUGAUUGUUUUUUUUAUUCGAAAAAGAAAAUGUUUUUGGAAUUAAAUAAGAUUAGCUUGGGCGUAAAGUCAAGUAGCGUCGACUUUGAAAAUUGAGUUACCUGUCUGAGGAGUUCCGUGGGUUACCUCUUCUGGUUUUGAGAAGCAUAAUAACUGUAAGUACCGUAGCGUACGUCGAUGGACAGCCUCGCACUCACAGAGAGAAAGGCUGAAAAAAUUUCAGGAGAUUCCCAGGUAUCCUGCAGGUAGUAGGACAUCGAACAAUGUCCUGUGAGCCUAUUAGUAGCUCUCCUUAGUUAGUUUUUGCUUAAUGAAAGAACUUUUUGGGUCCAAUUAGUAGAAUAAGGACGAUUGUUUCAGAUCAUCAUGUUUGUGAUGACCUCUUGUUGUUCCACUUUUUAUUAUCAUGAGCUAUUACGAAAUCUACACAAAGUUGUAGUCCAUUGAAAAGAGUUCUCCGCCUUUGUUAGCCAGCUUGUUUAUUCCCGUGCACUCCAGUGUUGCCGGGUACAUCAAAGUAAUUUUAUUGUUUGCUCCUAGCUUCGACUCAAUGUUUGUUUGAAAAGUUUUCGGCGUUUUUUCCAUAAUAAUUUUUCUUUCGCAACAUAGUCUCCUCACAUCUAACGGGGGAAACUUUGUAGACAAUCCUCGUAAAUUUAAACACAAUUGUAUCACGUUUUAUUUUUAAUGCUGCCAUUUUCUCAUUUUUACACAAAUGCAAUAAUUAGAAAAUAUUAAGGUGUUAAUUUGUAUAUUACAAACAGAAUAACAUCAAACGAAGACGUACUAGGACAUCCAGUAUAUAAGCAAUACACGAAUAUUUUCGUCAACAACUUUUUAUUAAAAAGUAAUCAACUUGAUAACAGGUAUAUAAAUUGUUCCAAACAUUUAGAGUAUGUUAAAUCUGUUAAUUAAAAUAAUAUCUUAUUUGAAGAGUAUUGUUUUGUAAAUAAUGGAAACUUCAACUUCACGAAAAAGUGUUUCUCUCAGUCUAGAUCACCUCUUAGAUUAUAUACAUUUGGAAAGAAAAAAGCUGGUGAUAUUAGGAGACGAGGGCUGUGGUAAAACGAGUCUCUUGAGGGCGUUCACUAGAAAACAAUCCUCAGAAUACGUUCCUAAAAUUUUGGAAUACUCCAUAGUUAAUGUUAAACUACCAGAUAAAGAAAUUGAACUCGCCAUGUGGAAUACUGCCGGACAAGAACGUUACGACUGCUUGUGCAACAUCAUCUAUACAGGAGCAGAUGUAGCUCUGAUAUGUUUCUCUUUCGAUAAACCUAAAUCUCUGGAUAAUGUAGUCACCAAAUGGUAUCCAGAAUUAAAGAGAGCCUGCCGAAAUAUUCCAGUUAUACUAGUUGGAAACAAAAUUGAUCUACGCGUGAAUAAAAAAAUGUACAAACUGAAACGAAUCAUAGGGAAAUCGGACGGUAGGGCUACAGCUAGAAAAAUAAAAGCUUUUUGUUACAUAGAAUGUUCGUCAAAAAAUAAUGUUGCAGUUAACGAUGUAUUUGAAAAUGUGAUAAGGGCUAUUUCUACCCCUGAAAAAAACAAAACAAGAUCUAGUAAAUUAUUUUUUAUAAAGAGUAAAGUUUAUGGUUAGCAUUUUUUUGUAAUAUUUUUAAGUAGGAGACGUUUUUAAAUACAAUUACGCUGUAAAAACUAGUUUAUAAUAUAAUUUUCUAUUGAAACUAUUAAAGUAAUUAAAUAUUGUACAUAAACCUAAGUAUUUAUUUAUUGAAUUGUCGCAGAGAGAUUUCCGUUCGUUUUGUAUCUGCUUUUGAAUAAAACUUUUAUUUAUAGGUGAUAA